GCUAAGGGGGCCGCGGUGGGAACAUGCGCAGCCCCUUCGCACCCUCCUGCGGACACCUGGGCCUGGGCUAGAGGCCCCCGCUCCGCCUGGGAAGCUCCGUUGGGAAGCGCCCGCUCAUCGCUGCCGCCGCCUCUCGCGGCACCGAGGAUCGCCCCGGAGCCUCGGGACCUUGGAAUUUCGGAUUCUCCCCUCUUCGUCUCGCCUGCGCCGGCACCAUGACGAACAACGUGGCUGACCACCACCCCGGGAACUCGGUGGCCGAAGGCAACCAUGAGGGGGACUUUGGGUGCUCCGUGGUGGAGCUGAGGAACCUCAUGGAGCUGCGGAGCGCCGAGGCCGUGGCCAGGAUCAACGACUCGUACGGGGGCGUCCAGAACCUCUGCAAGAGGCUGAAGACGUCGUCGGUGGACGGUCUGUCCGCGAACCCCUCGGAUCUGGAGAAGAGGAGGCAAGUGUUCGGCCAGAACUUCAUCCCUCCCAAGAAGGCCAAGACCUUCCUGCAGUUGGUGUGGGAGGCGCUUCAGGACGUCACGCUGAUCAUCCUGGAAAUCGCAGCCAUAAUCUCCCUGGGCCUCUCAUUCUACCACCCGCCUGGUGGGGACAACGAAUUGUGCGGCCAGUCGACGGGCGGCGUGGAGGACGAGGGCGAGUCGCAGGCCGGCUGGAUCGAGGGCGCCGCUAUCUUGUUCUCCGUGAUCAUCGUGGUGCUGGUGACCGCCUUCAACGACUGGAGCAAGGAGAAGCAGUUCCGGGGCCUCCAGAGCCGCAUCGAGCAGGAGCAGAAAUUCACGGUCAUCCGCAAGGGGCAGGUCAUUCAGAUCCCGGUGGCCGAGAUCGUGGUGGGCGACAUCGCGCAGAUCAAGUACGGUGACCUCCUGCCAGCGGAUGGCGUCUUGAUCCAAGGGAAUGACUUGAAAAUUGAUGAGAGCUCGUUGACUGGGGAAUCAGACCAAGUCAAGAAGUCCCUCGAGAAAGACCCCAUGCUGCUGUCAGGUACCCAYGUGAUGGAGGGAUCGGGACGCAUGGUGGUCACUGCUGUGGGUAUAAACUCGCAGACGGGCAUCAUCUUCACUCUCCUGGGUGCAGGAGAAGGGGAUGAGGAAAAGAAGGUGAAGAAAGGUAAAAAACCUGGAGCCCCAGAAAAUCGCAACAAAGCUAAAACGCAGGAUGGUGUGGCCUUAGAGAUCCAGCCCCUGAAGAGCCAGGAGGGGGUGGAAAACGAGGAGAAGGAGAAGAAGAAGGUGAAAGUCCCCAAGAAGGAGAAGUCGGUGCUGCAAGGGAAGCUCACGCGCCUGGCAGUCCAGAUCGGGAAGGCAGGGCUCAUCAUGUCRGCCAUCACGGUGAUCAUCUUGGUGCUGUACUUCGUGAUCGACACGUUCGGGGUGCAGGGCCGGCCCUGGCUGGCGGAGUGCACCCCCAUUUACAUCCAGUACUUCGUCAAGUUCUUCAUCAUCGGUGUCACCGUGUUAGUGGUGGCGGUGCCCGAAGGGCUCCCGCUGGCCGUCACCAUCUCCUUGGCCUAUUCUGUCAAGAAAAUGAUGAAGGACAACAACCUCGUGAGGCACCUGGACGCGUGCGAGACCAUGGGCAACGCCACGGCCAUCUGCUCGGACAAGACAGGCACGCUCACCAUGAACCGCAUGACCGUGGUGCAGGCCUACGUGGGUGACACCCAUUACCGCCAGAUCCCCGACCCCGAAGCCAUCCUGCCCAAGGUCCUGGACCUCAUAGUCCACGGCGUGGCCGUCAACUCUGCCUACACCUCCAAGAUCCUGCCACCAGAGAAGGAAGGGGGGCUCCCCAGGCAAGUGGGCAACAAGACGGAGUGCGCCCUGCUGGGUUUUGUGCUGGACUUGAAGCAGGAUUACCAGGCCGUGCGGAACGAGGUGCCGGAGGAGAAGCUCUACAAGGUCUACACGUUCAACUCGGUGCGCAAGUCCAUGAGCACGGUGCUGAGGAACAGCAACGGCACCUUCCGCAUGUACAGCAAGGGAGCCUCCGAGAUCAUCCUCCGCAAGUGCACCAGGAUCUUGGACAAGAAYGGUGAUACCCGGGUAUUCAAGGUGAAGGACCGGGAUGAGAUGGUGAAGAAGGUGAUAGAGCCCAUGGCCUGCCACGGCUUACGGACCAUCUGCCUGGCCUUCCGUGACUUCCACGGUGACGCCGAGCCGGACUGGGACAGCGAGAACGAGAUCCUCUCGGACCUGACCUGCAUCGCCGUGGUCGGCAUAGAGGAUCCCGUCCGGCCCGAGGUGCCAGAUGCCAUCCUGAAGUGCCAGCGUGCGGGCAUCACCGUCCGCAUGGUGACGGGGGACAACAUCAACACGGCGCGCGCCAUUGCCACCAAGUGCGGCAUCCUGCUGCCGGGAGAGGAUUUCCUGUGCCUGGAGGGGAAGGAAUUCAACCGGCUCAUCCGCAACGAGAAGGGAGAGGUGGAACAAGAGCAGCUCGACAAGAUCUGGCCCAAGCUGCGCGUGCUGGCCCGCUCCUCGCCGACGGAUAAGCACACGCUUGUGAAAGGAAUUAUCGACAGCACCAUUGGAGACCAGAGGCAGGUGGUGGCCGUGACGGGAGACGGGACCAACGAUGGCCCAGCCUUGAAGAAAGCCGAUGUUGGAUUUGCCAUGGGCAUCGCGGGCACAGACGUCGCCAAGGAGGCCUCGGACAUCAUCCUGACGGAUGACAACUUCACCAGCAUCGUCAAGGCGGUGAUGUGGGGACGCAACGUCUACGACAGCAUCUCCAAGUUCCUGCAGUUCCAGCUGACGGUCAACGUGGUGGCCGUCAUCGUGGCCUUCACGGGGGCCUGCAUCACGCAGGACUCUCCCCUGAAGGCUGUGCAGAUGCUGUGGGUGAACCUCAUCAUGGACACCUUUGCAUCCCUAGCCCUGGCCACCGAGCCCCCCUCCGAGUCUCUGCUGCUCCGCAAGCCCUACGGCCGCAACAAGCCGCUCAUCUCCCGCACGAUGAUGAAGAACAUCCUGGGGCACGCRGUGUACCAGCUAACUAUCAUUUUCACGCUGCUUUUUGCAGGGGAGAAGUUUUUCGACAUCGACAGUGGCCGCAAUGCCCCCCUGCACUCCCCGCCCACCGAACACUACACCAUCGUCUUCAACACCUUCGUCAUGAUGCAGUUGUUCAACGAGAUCAACGCUCGCAAGAUCCAUGGGGAGAGGAACGUCUUCGAGUCCAUCUAUCGGAAUCCCAUCUUCUGCACAGUGGUGCUUGGGACCUUUGCAGCUCAGAUCAUCAUUGUGGAGUUUGGUGGCAAGCCAUUCAGCUGCUCCGGCCUCACCCUGAGCCAGUGGUUCUGGUGUAUUUUUAUUGGAGUGGGAGAGCUCCUUUGGGGUCAGCUGAUCUGCACUGUCCCGACCAGCCACCUGAAGUUCCUGAAGGAAGCUGGCCAUGGCAUCACCAAGGAGGAGAUCCCGGAGGAGGAGCUCCCCGAGGACGUGGAUGAGAUCGACCACGCCGAAAUGGAGCUGCGGCGUGGGCAGAUCCUGUGGUUCAGGGGCCUCAACAGGAUACAGACUCAGAUGGACGUAGUUUACACAUUCCAGACCGGCGCCUCCUCUUUGCAGGGAGCCCUCAGGAGACAGCCUUCCAUCGUGAGCCAGCACCACGAUAUCAAGGUGGUGAAUGCGUUCCGUAGCUCCCUGUACGAAGGCCUCGAGAAACCCGAAUCCAGAAGCUCCAUUCAUAACUUCAUGACUCACCCAGAGUUCAUCCUGGAGGAAGACGAGCCUCGAACACCAUUCCUUGACGGCGCCGAAGACGACCCCGAGACUGAUGGCCUCCAAAAGCAAGGCAGGGGGAGCCCGGAUGGAUCCACGACCCUCAACACGAACAACAACGCCGUGGACAGCGAUCAAGUCGAGGUCACCGUCCCGGAGCCCGAAGGCCCCUUACACAGCUUGGAGACAUCGGUUUGACCUUAGAACUUCAAAUCCCCCCUUCCUCCUCCUCCUCCUCCGCCCCUCGCCUGUGUGAUAUCGGCACCAGUAACUGAUCACACACUGCGGUCACUUCGUGUCAAACUGCUCCUCCGUAUAUCUUUAUUUUUCCGUUUUUUUUUAAGAAAAAAAACCAAUUAUUUCGCAAUGGAAGCCGGAGUACCACAUUGCUGGGGUGUCGGGAGGUGGCCGAGCCCAACCCCGUGCAUCCCCAUCCCGAAUUUUCCGUGGUACUCGCCCAAGCCAAGUUACUGCCUCUCCGGGAACGGGGCUCCACAAGUCUGCAAGGGAGAGGGAGGGUCACUUGAGAAAUGCAUGUUCCAAGGAAGUUCAGAUCGUCGUAGUCUUACACGCACGCUCCCUGCCCUGCAGCUGGGGGCUGCGCUU